AUGGCUGUCCAACGCUCGCCUGCUCUGCCUCCCAGGCUUUCAGGUCUCAUAGACCCAUCUAGACAAGCUGAGUAUCCCAUAUUAUUGGGAAAGAGUUUUUCCGAAACAGGAGGAAAUGCUGCCCAGUUGUUAAACGUUCGCUACAACUGGAAAUCAAAGCAGAUUCCCCAACGUCAAGUCAUCACGGAGAAUCAGACUUCGUCCGAAUCUUACAAGCUAGUCGUCCGAGAAGGCACUUCCGAGCCCUAUAAAUAUAAUGGCACAGCAGAUCCGAAAACCACUGAUCCGGACCUAGUUGACCUGGCCUUGGUCUUCGACAAAGAGAAAUCUGCCUUUACGCUCGAAUCAAUUUCUAAAUCACUCAACUUCAACCUUACUUCUGCAAUCACGAAACCGAACAUUGAGCAGCUGCAACAGCUUGAGACUAUCAACGACAUCUCGAGAGAUGCUUCCAACCACCAAGACCAAGAGGAGCUUGGAGAAAGUGACGAGGAUGGGGCUGAUGCUGAGAAUCCCUAUGACUAUCGACACUUCCUGGUUGAUGCUAGGAAGGAGGCGGAAGUAGGGAGUGCCACUCCAAAGCCUGUGACACCAAAUAUGCCAAGUCCCGCUCCAGGAACCUCCGGAAGAAUGGCAUCGAGCAAGGCCGCCACGUCCCUUCAGUCACCAUUCAUGGGUCCGUCCAUGUCUAAGCGAAGAAAGGUGGAACCGAAAACCACGGCUCGUGGUGUACCGAACACGAGUCAUCCUGCUUCAUCAAAUGCCGCCAAGUCAAAAUCCCGGACCACUGCUACGGCCCCGAGGGGUAGGGGAGGCCCUAAGUCGGCAGAGAGAGUUGACUUGACAGAUGAAGAGAAGGACCAAGCACAGACCAGUCGUGGCAGGCAAGCACCUUCCCGAGUCGCAUCAGCCGCUCAACAACAUACACAAUCGCCCCAAAUCAUCGUCGAUGAGGCAUCCGAUCUCACAAUCGACAUGGGUUCUCCUCCUGUCAAAGCAAAGCAGAAGCACCGAAUCAACGUGGAUGCAUUCGCCAGCCAUUCUGCUUCACAAUCACGUGCAAAUACAGCGUCGGCGUCACCACAAAGCAGAGAUUCACGAGCAAAUAGUGAAGAUGGUGCUGAAGAUGACGCCAAUUUGGACGAUGGCGAUGAAGACGAUGACAUUGAGGACCUGGCUUUACCUUCUCCACGGGAAACUAGGGUGGCGAGCAACUCUAUGAGCAGAGUCACUCAAGAUCGCGCCGAGGAAGAGGAUGAGGACGAUGACGGAUUGGCGGCGGAAUUAGAGGCCGUUUUUGAUCAGGAAGAUGAUGUGGAUCAUGAGACAGUUGGAUUGGGGAUAUCUGGCAACCAGCACCAACCGCAGAUGCCAAGCGAAGAGGAAAGCGAGGCACCUGUGGUGGUUAUGAACACCCAGAACGGGGACAGACAGAUCGGGCGAAAAGCACAAUUAUCCAAUAUCACUGCAGCAAAGACCGUUGCCGACAUUAUUCGAUCAUGCUUGGGCCCGAAGGCGAUGCUGAAGAUGUUGCUAGAUCCGAUGGGCGGUAUAGUGCUUACGAACGACGGCCAUGCAAUCCUCCGAGAAAUUGAAGUUGCGCACCCAGCUGCAAAGAGCAUGAUCGAGCUUAGCAGAACGCAAGAUGAAGAGGUGGGAGAUGGCACAACAACAGUCAUAAUAUUGGCUGGUGAGAUUCUGGCACAGGCGCUUCCCCAGUUAGAACGAAACAUCCAUCCAGUUGUCAUCAUCUCAGCUUUCAAACGAGCGUUGGCAGACGCUCUUGCAAUCAUAGAGGACAUUUCCCGCCCAGUCAAUACCUCCGAUGACAAAUCUAUGAUCGAACUGAUCGAGUCUUCCAUCGGCACAAAGACUAUAGCCCGAUACUCAGCAUUGAUGUGUUCGCUGGCGCUGCGUGCCGUUCGGACAGUCUCCCAAGAUCAAUCAUUCGCAUCUAACACACACCUCACCAACGGCACCCCUUCUAGUAGUCCGUCCAAGAAACCCGCAUCCGCUCCGAAGGUUCACGAAGUCGACAUCAAGCGUUAUGCAAGGGUAGAGAAGAUACCCGGUGGGGAGAUUGAGGCAUCGCAAGUCCUUGACGGAGUCAUGCUCAACAAAGAUAUCACGCAUGCUUCUAUGCGAAGAAAGAUUACAAAUCCCAGAAUAGUCCUCCUCGACUGCCCCUUAGAGUACAAGAAAGGCGAGUCACAGACGAAUGUUGAGAUCAGCAACGAAGACUCGUGGAACCGAAUCCUCCAGAUCGAAGAAGAGCAGGUGAAAAAGAUGUGCGACGCUGUAUUGUCAGUCAAGCCCGACCUGGUCAUAACGGAAAAAGGCGUAUCAGACCUGGCACAGCACUACUUCGUCAAGGCAAAUGUAACGGCACUGCGAAGAGUAAGGAAGACAGACAAUAAUAGGAUAGCGCGAGCGGUUGGAGCGACCGUCGUUAACAGAGUGGACGAUCUACAGGAGUCCGACGUAGGCACGGAAUGCGGCCUCUUCGAAAUCGAAAAGAUUGGAGACGAGUACUUCACCUUCCUCACAAAAUGUAAGAAUCCCAAGGCUUGCACCAUUCUCCUCCGUGGCCCCAGCAAAGACAUCCUGAAUGAGAUUGAACGAAACCUCCAAGACGCAAUGAGCGUCGCAAGAAACGUCUUAUUCCACCCGCGACUAUCCCCGGGCGGAGGCGCAACAGAAAUGGCUGUAUCGGUGAGACUAGCACAGAAAGCUAAAUCAGUGGAAGGCGUCGCUCAAUGGCCCUACAAAGCCAUCGCAGACGCCAUGGAGGUCAUUCCACGAACCCUGGUCCAGAAUGCAGGAGCAAGUCCGAUCCGCAUCCUGACCAAAUUGCGGGCCAAACAUGCAGAGGGUGGCAGUUCCUGGGGUAUUGACGGCGAUACUGGGAAUGUGGUCGACAUGAAGGAAUAUGGAGUGUGGGAACCGGAGGCGGUAAAGAGCCAAAGUAUCAAGACCGCAUUGGAGUCAGCUUGUCUGCUAUUGAGAGUGGAUGAUAUUUGCUCGGCCAAGAGUGCCAAACAAGGUGGUGGAGAUAUGGGUGGUGGAGGGGAGGAUUGA